AAGGGAAGGCGGGUCUCGUUGAGCCGCCCGGUGCUUCACUGGACGCCGCAGCCCUCCCACACGGAACGCGAAUUCCAUUCCGACCCGACUUCUCUGCCCAGGAACCCAGGCGAAUCGAGAGAGAGGGAGAGAGAGGCCUUACCUUGAGCUCCCUCCCCUCCCAACUAUGGCGUCCGCGUGGUGCCUCUCGGCCCCGGCCGCCGCGCCGCCGGUGGCGCCGGCGCCCGGCGCCCCCGCCUCCGCAGCCGGGGGCGUUCCCGCCCUAGCGCGGGCGGUGGUCCCCGUGGGGAGGCGGCGCAGGUGGGGCGCGCUCGUGGUCUGCGCGGCCCCCGACGAGGAGAAGAUUACGCGGCGGUCGCCGCUCGACUUCCCCAUCGAAUGGGAGAGACCAAAGCCUGGGAGACGACCUGAUAUCUUCCCGAAGUUCAGCCCAAUGAAGACACCAUUGCCGCAUCCAUUACCAGCUGAUGAUCCUCUGGACGAUGAUGAAGAAGAGGAAGAGGAAGAACAACCACCUCCGGAGGAACCACAGGAGGAUGAUCCAGACAAGGAAGAACCUGAGGAAGAUGACCCGGACAAGCCAACUGAGUAAUUUUGGAUGACUUGAGGGCUGUGGUAGAUAGACACUGAGCAUAAAUUUGCCAUACCUUUGGAGCACCUAAGAUUCAGUUUGAACUGGUAGUUCUGCCGGCUUAUAUAGGCUCUAGACGCAUAAGUUUGUAAUGACCUCCUUUGAGCUUUCUAAAGCUAAGUUUUGUUCGACGGAUUACUUGUUACAGUGCGAUAUUUGUUAUGACAUGUAUUCACACCUCUAUCUUGGGUAA